CUAAGCUUUUCUGAGUGACUAAUAAAACACACUUUCUGCUUCCUUGCCAUGUUUGAAUGGGAGUGUCCUGUGUUGGUUAUAAAGAGUGAGGUACCGAUAUCGUGAUGAGAAGCUGUUGGAUCACUGGACGCAUAGAAGAUGCUGAAGAUCACAGUGUGGCUGUGUGUCGGAGUGUUUCUAUGGGGCUCUGCAUCUUGCAACAUCAGAUGCCCUGAUGGAAGCUUAUGUCCUGAUUCAUCAACAUGCUGCCAGACUCCUCAGGGAUACGGCUGCUGUCCGUAUUUAAAGGCAGUGUGUUGUGCUGACCUGGCCCACUGCUGUCCCUGGGGAUAUCGCUGUGAUUUGGUCAUACAGAUGUGCGUGAAAGAAAACCAGCCAUGGAUUAGAAUACCGAUGGUGAAGAAAGAUGCUGCAGAGGCGCCAAGCAACCCUGAGGUGUCUCUGACCCCCUUAACGGAAGUUGAAACCAACAAUGUGCCCGACCAGCAAAAGAGUACAGUUGUCUAUUGUGACAACUAUUAUUAUUGUCCUGAUGGUACUACUUGCUGUAGACAUCCAAAGGGGGCCUGGUUCUGCUGUCCAUACUCUCCUGGAAGAUGUUGCCUGGAUGGCUACCACUGUUGUCCGUACGGGUAUGACUGUGAUCUCACUUACACUCACUGCGUCAGGGAAGGCCUGAAGUAUCCCUUCAUCCACAAACAAGCUCUGACUUCCAUUCCUGCCUCUCUCCACUCAGCACCUGAGGACAAAAGCAGCGUGCAGGAGACAGUCUUCGCAGCGCUAACAGAAAGCAUCUCCGAUGAACAGGGAGUUAUUCGCUGUGACGAUAGAUUUUACUGUCCAACCGGCUCAAGUUGUUGUAAGGGACCCAACGCCGAGUGGAACUGCUGUGCCAACUAACUGGUACGUUCUGCUCAUCUGCUCACUUGUUAAGGAGUUAUAGGUUGUAAUUUUCAGGUGGCCAGGACUGCUUUGAGUACGGAUCCUCCUCGCCUUUCAAAAUGCUGAAAAAUUAAUGGAGAACACCCACAAUAAAAAUAUCAACCAUAAUUUUCUUUUUUUUCCAGACCUGCUUUCAUCUGUAUUCAAUAUUAUUUUCACUGGAUAAGAUUUGUCUCAGUUAUUUUGUAAAUGAUGGGCUCCAGACCACAUGGGAUUAUCAUGACAUGUUAUCCACCUCCCGUACAUUAUUCCAAGUGAAUGUUUGGUUCCAAGAAACAAUAAGCAACAACUUAGACAUCUAUCCAACAUUAUAGUAUUCUGACAUUAUGAGUGUUUACAGA